UGCAGCCUGCUCCUCCCCUUUUCCACGGAUGCCAUCCAGCAUGCCAGCAGCACACAGAGGCUUCUGUGAAAUCUCACUCCCAGCCCUGAGAUUUUCCAGCAGAGCCAAAGGAAUGGGGAUCCUUGUGCUUGUUUUUAUAUUCAUCUCCCUGGCCCAGCACGGUAAGACCAGGCAUGGACCAGACAGCUGCAGCCAUGGAGGGGGCUUGUGCAGAGUGGGAAGCUGUGUUUCUGGUGAAUACCUGGCUCAGUACUGCUUUGAACCCAUCAUUCUCUGCUGCAAAAAUCUGCCACCCUCCACCACAGAGAGCUGAGGGUGUCCAGAGGAGCACAUGGAGAGCUGCAGGCUCCACUGGCAAGGCAGGAGCAGCUGCUGGGAAGGAGAUUUUGUGGUUUCUGUGACAGCUGCUCCUCUGGGAGAAUACUGUGCAUUCCCUCAUGAACUCCUGAACACUUUGGUUUUGCUUUAACUCUUUAGGAAACACAGACAAGAAGAAACUGGGGCCACUCAAACUCUUUGUUGCCCUUUUGAGACUCUGAUUGUUAUCUGACAUGCACAGGUCCUUGCCUGAAACCAAUAAA